AUGUAUUGUGCUAGCACGAACAGCAACGUAUCCGGACAUGACCAACCCAGUGUGGACUUUCGAGAUCCUCUAUCAAAACCCAGUGCCAUCCCAAGUCCAAGGCAAACUUCUCGGCUGAGUGAAAUAUCACCACCUCCGCUCAAGCGUAAGCGUACAGCCUGCGGCGAGCCACACGUGAGACGAGAUUCCUCAAGCUUGACAGGCCUCAGUGCGCCCAAGGAUAGGUAUUAUGCAUCAGGUUGUUGUAUCAAGGCCCCACUAAUUCGUCCUCGCAGCUUGCAUCGACUGUUCACUUUCUCCACGGGUGCGCAAAGUAACUGUGAGCACUUAUCCGGGCAGUCACAAACUUCGCACCCUUCACAAACAUUUCCUCGCUAUUAUGCGCCUAGGGAGCAAAGGCGCAAUGCCUCCCUAACGCAGAAAACUCGCGGUCCGUCAAAAGCGCCGUCAAAGUCAGAGUCCUCCUUCAAACCCACUUGCCGAGUAUGCGACAAGACUACAGCUACGAGCUACAAUCCAAUUAUUGCCUGCCCCGGAUGCGGCAGAUCAUAUCAUGACAGUUGUCGGAAACCUUCAUUGACCCAAGGGCUUGACCCGGGAUACUGGAGAUGUUUGACCUGUUUAAGCGACAUUGGAAAAUCUGCUAAGCCCCUAGUAUCUUCGAAAUCGGUCUCAGUUAGAUACUCUGCAGUGAGAGAAAUCUUUAGGCCGCGGAGUACACGAUUUACAGCUGCGAAUUCGUCUAGACUACCCGAGGUGAUCACCACUAGUGAGCAUGUCGAUGCUCGGGAUUUCCGUGCUAGUUCUCUAAGCGCAAAGAGUUCAGAAAACUUAGAUAGACCUGAGGAAGUCUUUAAGCCAUCUCCCCUACCUAAGCCCCUUGGCCUCUCAAACAAUCUGAAAGCACGUAUGCACCGUUUAGGUCAGAUUAAUAAUCCUGCUUCAUCAUCUCAGAAGCAAAACGCUAAAUCUCAAAUCAAGCUCGCAGCUACCAGUCCUCCAAGGCAGCUAGAGAUACCUGAGACCCCUGAUAUCAUCGCUCGCUGCAGCAUACCAUCCCCUUGGUUCUAUUCACAUCGGCCGACGCUUGAGCCGAGCAUAAAGAAGAUCGAUGAUCAUGCAACACUUUAUCCGCUUCCUGCACCAUGCAACACCUUUGAGCCUACUAACUCCACAGAGUCAAUCUCUACUUCCAAUGACGUUAAACGAGGAGCCGUACACCAAGGGAUCGCAACACACGGUACAAACUCUUUCCAUAAUGUCUCCUUCCAGUCACCACGCAGGGGGCAGCAGUGCGAAGAUGAUUGCCGAGAAUCACCUGGCGCAUCAGAAACAACACAAGUGGGUGAGUCACCAACACUUUUGCCAUCUUCUUCCCACAUGGUAGAUGAGGUUCAGAGCCACAUUUCUCGACAACCACCUUCUACUGGUGACGCAGUCUCGCCUGAGUUGUUCUCUGUGCAACAGGAGUCCGGAAAUGUGAAUCUAGAGGGCUCUCCCGACUGGAUAAGCCCAUCCAUGUCUCCCCAAAUUUCCUUACGUUCGGAGUUGGAUGACACAUAUUCGCCCGGGCAUCAGAAGCGCCUUACAAAUCAAGAGCUAGCUAGGAUAGCCCUGGCUUGUGCAAAUGGAGCAAGUAUGACGGCUUCACAGAUUGUUGAUUGGCUAGUCCAAAAGUUUUAUUACCUUCAAGAAGGGCAGGCUACGUGGGAAAAGAGUCUCAAGGCGAUCCUUUCACGCAAAGAGUUUCGUAGCGACAAGACGAGUGGGCUGCAUGGAGCCCGUUUGGUGUAUAGCUUUGCCAACGCAGCAUGUAAAGCUCGAUACGAAGAGGAAUACCGAGAUUAUAUUAUUCAAUACUCGCAAGCACAUGAUCAAAAAUAUGCUGUCCGGCCUGGUGCCGUGGUCCGAAAUAGCCUGGAAGAUGUAUCCAACAGGGCAGCUUGUCCUCGGUCUUCUGCAAUCAUAUCGACAAUACCGGAUUCCAGUUUCAUUCCAUCGCCAGCUACCACCGCUUCCAACAGUGACAAAACGCCCGACCUUUUCCAGUUAUCUGACUUAUCUCUUGUAAAGAACAUAACCGAGUAUCCUUCUGGAAUCACGCGCGAGAUAAGCUUUCACCAUGUCUACCCUCGUAGCACUCGGCCUUCAAUCGAGAUGAUGACUGCAGAGGACAAGGCCAUGAAAGUGGCAGAGAUCCAGGCAAGACCUUCACGCAAGGCGUUAUUCGAUUCGAACCAACGACUGGCGCACGUUCGAAGGUACAGGCGACUGGACAUUCAUGAUGAAAGUGAUGGAGCAUGGAACAUCCAAUCUUCAGAAGCAAAGGGGUACCCCGCAAAAGACGAAGCCGUCACCAGGGACUGUGAUGAAUCCCGGUCGUUGCGUCAAGUCUUCAAUCUCCCGGUCUAUGCGGUGCCAAUGAACGAUGGGGUCGAGUUGGCUUUCCGGGAUGGAACUUUAGUCAACGGUCGACUGCCACGGCCACGCCAUGUAUACAGGGUGGGGAAGAGACUUGGAGCCGGACUUACUGUCAAUUGA